AUGCAUUCACAUUAAAAACAAUUAAUCGAUAUCAGUAAAAAUAAAAAAUUAAUAGAUAGAUUCAUUAAUAGAAACAAUAGAGAAUUAAUUUAGAAAGAAUGAAGAAAUGCAUUAAACAAUAUCAUAAUAAAUUCACUGUGAUAUUGAGAGAAUUGAUGCAUAAUUAUUCAUCUAAGAAAUGAGAAUAUCAUUAAAAUAGCCAAAAGCAAGUAUUGAAACAUUAUUAAAAAAAUGUUAAUCAAUGAUUGAUAAAUUAUUGGAUGAAGAAUUCAAUUUGGAUAGAUUGAUGUCUAAAUUGAGAUCAAAAAAAAGAAGAAAUAAUAAAGCAUCUACAGGUAAUGUGCUAUAAUAAAUUGAUGAAAAUACCCUUAAGGAAAUUCAUACAUUUAGUAAAUGUUAAGAUGUAGUUAAAAAAGAUGAAAAAUAAUUUACUGAAAAAUAAAAUAUAGAAAAAACAAACAGAAAUAGAGAAAUAGAUCCUUUUGAGAAAUUAAUUAAUAUCAAUAUGCAAAUUGAAUAAUGUUUAGGUAUAAUAUAUUACUUAAAAUAGAAUUGUUAUCAAAUUAAAAUAAGUUAGAUAAUGAGAGUGAUAUGGAAGUUAAAAUCAAUAAUUUAGAAGAGUAGAUUUAUAAGUUGACUGAAAAUAGAGUAUAUAAUGAUGAAAAUGUUGAGGUGUACAUAGUGUAGAAAAACAAUAAGAAAAGAAUGCCUAAUUUACAAAUUAAUUAUUGA